GCGUUUACGUAUUCAUUGAUUUUCUUUCACGCGAUCGUCGACGUGUGUGAUCGACUGCGCUCCCCCGGCCAAGCAGCAGCGUAGCAGUUUAUUGCGAACGUGCUCGCUUGCGUCACCCUUCAACAUGGCUGCCGCUCGUAAUCUCCCAAGGAUUUUGCUUCGGAAUUUUCCCCAUUUUAAAAGUAGUUUAAGUGUGUUCAAUCAUCCCAGGCGAUUCUUCAGUAUACGACCCGAGCUUUGCUCCCAAACACCGCCAUUUGGCAUCCUGUUUGACAUUGACGGCGUCAUUGUCCGUGGCAAGCGCGUCCUGGACCAGGCCAUUGAUGCAUUCCAGAAGCUGUCCGAUGGGCAAGGCCAGCUGCGGGUUCCAGUGGUGUUUGUGACCAAUGCUGGGAACAAACUACGGCAGCACAAGGCAAAACAGCUCACCGAAUGGCUGGGAAUCAAGAUUCACCCUGAUCAGGUCGUCAUGUCCCACAGUCCCCUCAAGAUGUUUCCCCAGUUUCACGACAGGCACGUGCUCGUCUCUGGUCAAGGACCCAUCAAAGAAAUCGCUAAAGGCCUUGGUUUUACCAAAGUGACCACAGUGGAUGAGGUUCGGGAUAUGUUCCCACACCUAGACAUGGUUGACCAUCAGCGGAGAGUGCCUGCCCCCGAUGCCAACGUGGAAAUUUUUCUGCCUCGGAUUGAGGCAGUGGUUCUGUUUGGUGAGCCAGUCCGGUGGGAGACCAGCCUACAGCUGAUUCUGGACAUGCUGAUCACCAACGGACAGCUGAGUCACACCCCAGACAACAUCCCCUACCCCAACAUACCGGUCCUUGGCUGCAAUGUUGACCUUAUGUGGAUGUCUGAAGCUCAUCUACCAAGGCUUGGCCAUGGCUCCUUCAUGGUUUGCCUGGAAUCCCUUUACAAGAAAAUCACGGGGAGGGAUCUGCUUUACACGGUUCUGACAGGCAAACCCAGUCAGGUAACUUACCACUGUGCAGAGAACGUGCUAAGCCAGCAGGCACGGGCCAUGGGAUGUGCAGAACCACUAAGAACACUUUAUGCCAUAGGUGACAAUCCAAUGACGGACAUCUAUGGAGCCAAUCUAUACAACCAGUACCUCACAGCCAAAGCGGCCAAAGGUCUUCAGAAUCCAACUGGUCGACAGCCAGCUGCAAUUCGCCAGGGUGAGGUCAUGUCUGAUCCCCAUGACAACAUCCACAUCGAGGCAGGAGAUACGGUGGACUCGACCAAUCACCCGGUCAGCGAGAUUGACCACCACGUGUGCGAGAGCGAGGCACUGAUGACCGACACUAUCGACGACGGCUUCCCAGUUACCAUGGAGUCGGUGCUGGUCUACACUGGCCUGCAUUCCAAGCCGGACGACAUGGGCCAACUGGACGAGAGCCACUUAGAGUUAGAUCACGGCCAUCGGGACUUUGAGUACAACAAGGCCCUCAUUAAGCCUACCAUAACAGCCCAACAUGUCCUAGAUGCAGUCAACAUCAUCUUCGACAGGGAGAACUUCAAAUGAAAACCCAGUGGGAGAUGGAUUUGAAUAUCUAAUCUCUGCGUGUGUGAUAACAAAUUCAACAUAUUUAUUUUCCACGGGGACAUGGCAGAUUUUUAAGAUUUUAUCUCAAGAGAGUAUUACUUAUUGUGUAGCUAGCCACAAGCUAUUCAUAUAAAACUCUUUUUUUCUGUCUGACUGCAGGACAUUUUCAUGUUCUGUGAACAUGAAAUAUUUAGUUACAAUUCUCAAAGUGUCGAUAUCCGGCACAAGAUUCUGUAGCCAUUUAUACAGGUAUCCCUUCUUUUGAAAAUAUUGCUGGGACAUAUUUUUUGCAAGUCUCUUGGACAUCAGCAAGUUACACAUUGAGACUUAACCAGUAUAAACACGCUGCAUCAACAUUCACCUUAGUAACCAAAGAGGAAAGCCAUACCUGCAUUACUUGACUUUGGCUGGAAAUAACGUGCUUAAUGUACAUGUAUGGGAGAUGCAUGAAGCCGCUGGCAAAUGCCUUUCAUAGAUGCAUGCGUGCUACUUCCAGUAAUAGCCAAACAUUUGGACAUGGCCAAAGAUCCUGAACAGAGUAUUAUGUGUUGCAGUCUUAGUCCCCUCUUUGUCUCAUAGAGUUGUUGCUUUCUUUUUAAGAGCCAGGCUGACUGGAAUUGUUUGCGAUGCUACAACAGUGAGAACCUGGUAAAAGCCAUGAUGCUCAAUCUUAAUCUUUUUUUGUUAUCCACCCAAAUCUAGCCUCCUGUGUUUGUUGGAGUUUGAUUGAUACGGGACGGUGGAGCAUCAGCAACUGUUGCUCUGCAUUGAGCAAGUUCACAAAUGUUCAGAGAAUCAGUGUUCAUUACAAUGUAUGGCUGUUCAUUUUUUAAAAGCAGAAACACGCUCUAGGUUUGAUUUAUGUUUGGGCAAGAUUUAUAUGUACC